AUGGUUGGUGUUCAUCAUCACAGAGGUGAAAGCGAGUCAAAUAUCCCAUUACGACGACCUUCACCUGAUUGUUUUGCAGCGACAAACGAUUUAAAUCAAAUUAAUAUGAUGCCGAAUGGUCUGGUCCGAAAAGAAAUUUUAAAGACUAUGGUCGCAUUUUUUUGUAUGUUAUUAUCAGCAUUCUUAAAUUUUUUUAUUUUGACGGUGAUCCAUGACAUAGUGCCGAGAGAACCAUUGCCUGAUAUAAUUUUUAUGGUGAUACCACAACAGAAAUGGGCUUGGGUUGUUGGUGAUGUUUUUUCUACUAUAAAUGCCAUUAUUGGAUUUAUCUGUGUUUUUUUGCAUAAAAAGCGUUUAAUAAUAUUACGGCGAGUAUUAUUGCUUGGAGCAAUAAUGUAUGGUCUCAGAGCUAUAAUAAUGUCAGUAACAUUUUUGCCUCCAUCAUUUCAUGAUCGUGAUGAAAUUUGUCAGCCCCAGGUCAAUCGUACAGUAAUCAGCGCUAUGGAUUUUGCUACAAGGUUUCUGACGUAUGUUGUUACUUUGGGUCUUACAUCUGGUCAAGAAAAGAUUUUAUGCGGUGAUCUCAUGUUUAGUGGUCAUACUAUCGUCCUCACUAUUAUGUAUUUUACGCAACUCUAUUAUACGCCUAAGCGACUAGCUUUUUUAAGAUAUAUAGCAGCACCUAUUACAUUCUUAGGUAUAGCAGCAUUAGUGGUAUCAGGUGGUCAUUACACAAUGGAUGUUUUGAUUGCAUAUUGGUUAACAAGCCAUAUUUUCUGGAGUUACCAUCAGUUGUUUGAUUCACCUAAAACCGAUCGUUCUAAAACACCUAUGUCUCGUUUAUGGUGGUUUUGGUUUUGCUAUUGGUUUGAAAGUGAUGUCCCUGAGGGUCCAAUAGUUAAUGAAUGGAAUUGGCCAUUUACUAUGCCAUCGUUUAUGCUAAAAGCAAUUAAUUAUAUUAAUAUUCGAUUACGAUAA